AUCCUCCUCACACGUAGACACACCUGGAACACCUCUGAAGGGAGGCAUCCUGACCAAAUAACCAACACACCUCAGGUGACUCUUUCAGAUGCAAAGGAGUCUCAGUCUGUCGGCUCAGGAUAUAAGAGGUGUGACUUUGAGGAAGGAUUCUGUGACCUGAUCCAAAGCUGUGAGGACGGACCUGGAUGGUUCAGAACAACUGAGGUGCAGGGACUUAAACAUGACCACACCAACAGCACUUCAGCACAUUUCUUGUCCCUCGUACCUGUCAGAGGGAACAGAACCACAGCAGACCUGAAGAGCCCCUUCUUCCUGCCCAGCCACACCUGUCAGAUGAGUUUCUACUAUUACACUGGGGCACAGCAUGGAGAUCUUCAAGUCCUGGUUCAAACUGAAACUCUGGAGCAGAGCACAGAGGUUUGGAAACUCUCUGCAGAGCAUCAGAAGGGAAUAUGGCUGUGGACAGUGAUAAAGCUUAAAAGCAAUCACACUUUACAGGUGGUAAUUCGGGGUCAUCUUCCAGCAGACAGUGAAGCCUCUGAGGUCUUGGCCAUUGAUGACCUAUCCUUCAGUCUGGGUUGCCUGACUGUGCCUGAGAGCAGUGUUCCCACUCCUCCUGCUUGUCCUCCCUCUUGGUUUGCUUGUGGCAGUGGGGAGUGUAUCGAGGAGAGCAAAGUGUGUGACUUCACCCCACACUGCCCCCACGGCGAAGACGAGGCUAAUUGCCCCUCCAUGUGUGACUUUGAGGGGGGAUCUUGUGGCUGGUAUGAGCUCACUCUCGGUGAUGGCUUUGACUGGGUGAGAGGCUCUUCUGCAGAAGUUCCUCCAGACUACUAUGGCCACCCACCACCUCUGGACCACUCCAACAACAGCACCGAAGGACACUUCAUGUUCAUCAUGAAGAACAGCAGCAGUCUUUAUCCCAGGGCCGUUCUUCGAGGACCCUGGUUCAAACAAUCGGCCUCAGGGUGCACCAUGAACUUCUGGCAUUACAACUCAGGCAUAUCUGUGGGUGCUGCAGAUAUGUACCUCAGAAUCAAUGGAGUCCCAAACAACACUGUCAUAUGGAGGACUUUGUACAACCAGGGAACCCAUUGGCACCAGGUCACCGUACAGCUGGGACGCAUCACCCAGCCCUUCCAAAUCGCUCUGGCUAAGAUCAGCCUGGCUGUGUUUGACGGGGUCUCCGCCUUGGAUGAUAUCACCUUCAAGAACUGUUCCAUGCCCCCAGCUGUGGCAGAGUGCCCAGCGCACACACAUUUUCACUGCACACAGAGCAGGGCGUGUGUGGAGAACCUGCAGCUCUGUGACCUUGUGGAUGACUGUGGAGAUGGAUCUGAUGAGGAGGGCUGUUCUCCAGAGCUGCAGUGCAACUUUGAGCACGGCCUGUGCAGCUGGAAACAAGAGCAGAGCGGAGGAGAUGUAUUUGACUGGACCCGCUUCCAAGGCCCCACUCCGACCAUCAACACAGGGCCCUGGAAGGACCACACAUUGGGCACGAGACAUGGCCACUACCUUUACAUCGAAUCCUCUGCCCCCCAGGAGUUUAGAGACACAGCUGUGUUACUGAGCAGAGUCUUCCAACCCACCCACCAGCGUGGAAAGGAUCCACCCAGGUCUCGGCAGCACUGUGUUUUCCGCUUUCAUUACCACAUGUUUGGCUCGCAUGUGUUUUGUCUGGGGGUGUACCUCAGGACCACCGCUACAGGCCGUGGGCACAUGUUAUGGGUGAAAUAUGGAAACCAAGGAAACCUGUGGCACAGGAAGACCCUCUACCUCAACAGUGCUCGACCUUUUCAGAUUUUGAUUGAAGGUACAGUUGGAGAUGAUUUUAAUGGUGACAUUGCCAUUGAUGAUCUUUCCUUCCUGAACUGUGACCCAUAUGAAGGAGAGCUCCCCAAACCGAACACCACCAUCCCUUCUGUGACCCCUCCAUCCUCCACAGUUCAGCCCCACAGCUGCCCAGAUGGAGAGUUUGCGUGUGGGGCACACGGGGAGUGUGUUUCAAACAGCAGAUUGUGCAACUUCAGACAGGAUUGUGCUGAUGGUUCAGAUGAAUUUGACUGUGUGAGGGAGCGGUGUGAUUUUGAAGGUGGUGACACUUGCGGUUGGAGCAGUGUCAAUACCACUUUGGUCCCAAUCCACACGUUUCGCUGGUCACCUGAACAAGGGGAGAGCAUCCAUGAUGGAGAGCAGUACCACCGUCCUAUAAAUGACCACACCAUAGGCAGUCCUGAAGGCUGGUACAUGUGUGCUGACAGUUCAAACGGAGGUUACGGUCAAACCACUGACCUCCAGACACCUGUCAUCUCCUCCACUGGGCCACAGUGCACCUUAGUCUUCUGGUACCACAUGAGCGGAUUCACAGUGGGCUCGCUGCAGGUGCUGCUGAAGAAUGGGAACGUCACUCAGGAGGUUUGGUCCCAGACUGGUAACCAAGGCAACAAAUGGAGACGAGGAGAAGUGUUUUUGGGGUUAUCACACACCUUUCAGGUGGUGUUCAGGGUGAAGCGAGGGAUCAGCUACAUGGGCGAUGUGGUGAUAGACGAUGUCAACUUCCUGCACUGCUCCCCUCCCCUUUCUCCAGAGCAGCCCUGUUCACCUGAGCAGUACGCCUGCGCUAAUGGUCACUGCAUCCCCCAGGACAACCUGUGUGACUUCAUCAACCACUGCGGGGACGACUCUGACGAGGACCCCUACAUCUGCAAGGGCUUUGGCGCACGGUGCAGCUUCGAGUUUGACCUCUGUUCCUGGCGUCAGUGUCGAGAGGACGACUUUGAUUGGCUAAUCAAGGCGGGUAGCACUCCGACAGUUGGCACCGGGCCGUCAAGUGACCACACCCUGAGGGACCCCUCUGGCCACUACCUCUACCUGGAGAGCUCCUUCCCCCAGGCAGCUGGGGAUACUGCCCGUGUAUCAGGACCCUUACUGAGCCACAGGAGCAGAGCGUGCAAGAUGCGUUUCUACCUCCACAUGUCCGGAGACGGCAUUGGGACCUUCAGUGUGUUCAGGAAGAGUGAAGGACGCCUUCACCUCCUUCUGAACCUGACGGGUGAUCAGGGCAACUACUGGCAGAGGAGGGAGAUCCAGUUGAGCCACAACGGGAACUUUCAGGUGGUCUUUGAGGGAAAGGUGGGCCGUAGCCAAAAGGGUGACAUCUGCCUGGAUGACAUCACUUUCUCCCCUGGGUGUCUACUUGCACCCUCUGCUGAAGUUGAGGGAAAUACUCCUCCGCCUCCUGCAGGCUCCUGUCCCUCCGGCCUCCUGCUGUGUGAAAAUGGCCGGUGUUUCACUCCGGGGCAGAGCUGUGACUUCACAGAUGACUGUGGCGAUGGCACUGAUGAAAAGGACUGUGGGACUUCCUGCAGCUUUGAGGACGGUCGCUGUGGCUGGAAGAGCUCCUUGGCGGACAACUGGGAUUGGACGCUUGGGAUGGGAUCUGUCAGAAGCAUACGGCCUCCAUAUGACCACACAUUGAUGGAUGAGAACGGUCAUUUCAUCUAUCUGGAAGCUACACCUGUGGGACUCAAAGGAGAUAAAGCUCAUAUCAGGAGCUCUGUUUGGAAAGAGUCGAGCGCCAUCUGCAAACUCUCCUUCUGGUACUACAUUUCCCACAAGGCCUCAGGAACGAUCCGCCUGCUGAUCAAGACAGAGAACGAUCUGUGGGAGGUGUGGAACAAGACGGGGAAUCAUGGUAACAAGUGGAACCGAGCAGAGAUCCCUCUGAGGAAGCUGAGGAACUUUCAGGUGAUAUUUGAGGGGAUUCGCACGAUGGAUGUGAGCGGAGGAGCCGCCCUGGAUGACCUGGAGUUCAUUGACUGUGACCCAAAUGCUGUGGAGCCAGCCAGUUGUCCUGCAGUCACAGACUUUGUAUGUCACAGCGGUCACUGCAUUGAGUCCCACCUGGUGUGCGACAACAAGGCCGACUGCGCUGAUGGAUCAGACGAGACAGACUGCGCUCACAUAUUUAGCUUACCAGGCGCAUGUGAUUUCAACAUGGAUGGAAACCAGUGGGAGGACUUCUGCCAGCUCUCUCAGGAUGCUGAUGAUGACUUUGAUUGGAGGAUUGGCCGUCGAAGUGAGACUCCAGGAGCUGGACCGCCUGCUGACCACAGUCCUGGUGGUGGAGGAAACUUCCUGUACAUACACUCAGCCACUGAGAGGGAGGGUGACGUCGCCAAAGUGACAACCAGGAGUCCGUUUCCGGCCAGCAUCGGCCUGUGUCGCCUGCGCUUCUGGUUCUACAUGCACGGCUCUGACAGGAUGGGAACGCUGAAGGUCUACACUGUUGGGCCCAGUGGAACCAGGCUGCUGAUGUGGGCAACCACAGGAAAGCAUGGUAACCAAUGGACAUACGCCAAUGUCAUACUUUCCAACCCGGCACCUUUCAAAGUGACCUUCCAGGCAGAGGCGGGUGGAGACGUGUGGACAGACAUUGCCUUGGAUGACAUUUCCUACACUGCAGACUGCAUGGAAGAAGGUCCGUUGACUCCUCAGCCUCUGACCUGUGCAGUAGACCAGUACCGUUGUCUGUACUCCUUUCAAUGCAUCCCGGAAACCUGGAGAUGCGACGGGGAGCCGGACUGUGGCGACCGGUCCGAUGAAGAGUUUUGUCCCUCUGUGGUGCCCGGUACUCUUCCUCCCCAGGGUGACUGCUCUGAUGGACAAUUCCAGUGUUUGAAUGCCUCCUGCCUCCCCUCCAUUCUGCGCUGUGAUGGCGUCCCAGACUGUCCCGAUGGAGAGGACGAGAACAGCUGCCCUCUGCUGCAGUGUGAGCUGGGAGAACUGGUGUGUGAAGGCUCGCCUGGUUGCAUCCCUCUUCAGAAGCGUUGUGACCACGCUGCUGACUGUCUGCCGUUUCACUCCGAUGAAUCCAGCUGCCAUGUUUGUCCUCAGCUAUUUUGCUUGAACCAAGGCUCAUGCCUUGUGAAGAGACACGGGCCAGUCUGCAUGUGUUUGUCAGGAUGGACGGGCAACCGCUGCCAAGUGAGGGAGAAACCAACACUCUCUACACCCUCACCCAAACCAGAGGACCCACAACUGGUAUCUGUGUAUGUCGGCGUCGGCAUUGGACUGCUGCUGCUCACAGCCGGAAUAGCUGUCUGUGUUCUGGCUGUAUACCUAAAGAAAUGCCACUCAAAAAAGCCCAACCUGAUGGACUACGGCGUGAUGGAUAACCCAGCCUGUGACUACAGAGCAGAGCCCUCAUCCCGGCAGGAAAGGCCGGGCUGUUGUCCAGGAGUUGACCCCAGCAGGAGUGGUGGUCACAGGCUUUCAAUCAGUGUCUACCCCUGGAGGAGGGAGGUGGAGCAGGCCGCGACCUGGAAAGAUGCCAAGCUGUCCUUCGCCAACCCGUUGUACAAUCACCCCCCUGAUGCUAAUAGCGCUGACUACAGAAGCUGCGAAGCAUAAAAACAAUUGACUUUACAUAUUGACACUGCAGUACAUUUGGGUCAAACAGUGUAUGCACAUACUUGAUGAGGUUGUCUUGACCUUCUGCUCUCGUGAGAGGGGAAAGAUGCAAAGAGCAGAGGAGAGUUGGGGUGUUUCACUAAAAGUUGUUUGUAUGUUUGAAAAGCUGCAAGUUGUGAAUAAACUUUAUUGUUAAUUUAUCAAAUAAAUUAUGUAUUACCUCCCAA